AUGAUUCAUUUGUUGAAUUUGGAAUUCAUUCGUGCUGAAAUCUAUAGAGGAUUGGACUCUGAGAGUACAACACCACCUGAUAUUACCGUUUUGCACAACCAUAUCAAGGAAGCCAGAGACAAGUUGAAUAGCUCUUACAACAAAUACUUUGGUAGUCUAUUCAAAACCGGUUCACACGCUUCCUUCUUCUCGAUGCAAGUCCAAAGAUACGCAGAUCUCUACACCAGUGACUAUCUCAAUUUACUAAACUAUCCAUUGUUCUACAACUUCUGUGCCAACGUCAACGCCAUGCCACACGAAAAUCUUGGUGGUGCACAAUCUAUCGAUAAGAUGUCAAAUUAA